AUGUUUGCUCCACGGAGCUUUUCCGCCGCCUUUCGCCUUCUUGUGAUCUUAGUGGCUGCCUCAUUCAGUGUCGCCGUCGCCAGUAACCCUUGGGGUCAUAACCAAGAGGUCGUCACCAAUGAUCAACAGCACAUAAAGGCGUGCGUCUUCGGAUCUCCCAAAAAGUACGACCAGUGGACGAUUCACUACCACGAGGUGAAGCCUCCGUCCCAAUUUCCGAGUCAAUUUAUUCUCAAUCCAGCGUGGGUAGCGCGCCAUCAAACCGUCGGCGAUACGGAUCAUUUCACUUUAGGUACCACCUGGGUGCCAUGGGCCGAGAAUAGAUGCCAGUACUCCUGCAACGCGAGAAAGAACUGUGUUUCUUUUGCCGGGUAUCAGGAUAAACACUCGACGCCGAAUACUGGUGAAUUUUCUUGCUACUUCUUUGACGCCCUCAUCCAGCCAGAGAAUAUUAUACCACGACCGCCCGAUGGCCCUGAUGAGAUUACACAUGCCUAUAACAGGCUCUGUAAUGACGAAACGGGUAUUUGA